AUGGACACCGACAGCUCCAGAUCACGCAAGAGGACUCGGCUUAACGAUAAUGAUGAAGUUCCAUUGGUACAAGCUUUCAAACGACCAAGGAUCGAAGAAAGCACCGUUAAACUACAAAAUGAGAGCUACACAAUCGCCUGGAUUUGCGCCCUCUCUAUCGAAAUGGCCGCUGCGAACGCGAUGCUUGACGGAAUUCAUCCAAGCUUGCCUUCGAAUGCGAAGGAUUCCGACUCUUACAUAUUGGGCAAUAUUGGCCGGCACAAUAUUGUAUUGGCGUGCCUCCCAGCAAACCACUAUGGCACAAACUCCGCAGCAGUCGUGGCCAACAACUUGAUCCGCACUUUUCCCUCUAUUCGAUUCGGCUUGAUGGUGGGAAUCGGCGGCGGAGUGCUUGACAGUGUCGAUGUGCGCCUCGGUGACAUCGUCGUCGGUUACAAUGUGGUCCAGCACGACCUUGGUAAAGUCAUCCAAGGCUCUCGAGUCCAUCGAACCGGAACACCAAAAAGCCCUCCUUCUAACCUCUUGGCCGCUGUGAACAAACUGAAGGCAAUUCACGAGUCUAAGACGAGCAGAGUACCAGGUUUCCUUCAACAAAUGAUAAUGAAGCAUCCGAAAAUGACCAAAUAUACUUAUCCGAGCUCAUCACAAGACAGGCUCUUUCUCGCUACCUACCAUCACAGCCCAGAAAUGGCUACUUGCGAUGGCUGUGAUACGUCCAUGUUAGUCUACCGAGUUCCUCGAGCGGACAAUCACCCAGUCAUUCACCACGGCAAUGUUGCCUCUGGCAACCAGGUGAUGAAAGACGCCAUCUCACGAGAUGAAAUAGCCCAGGAGCUAAAUGCCAUAUGCUUCGAAAUGGAAGCAGCUGGCCUAGUCGAUGUUUUGCCAUGCUUGGUAAUCCGAGGAAUCUGCGACUACUCAGAUUCUCACAAGAAUAAGCAAUGGCAAGAGUACGCAGCAGCGACCGCGGCAGCUUACGCCAAAGAAUUACUGAUUGAAGGAAUACCAGUGGCUGUGAUGGAGCCGUUCCAGAAGUCUAAUGAUUCAUACUCAGCUGGUAAAACGAACUCUUAUAUCUGCAGUUGA